AUGCAUCCGGCACUGAGCCCCAUUGCAGAUGGAGGACGGCGGAGAGGGGCGUACGCCCUGGCCGGGCGGCCGAAGACCACGGCGUUGGUACCUUCUGUCGCCCGGCCGGACCUCUCCGCCCUGCGCUUCAAGGGCCAUCCGCUGAUGGUGGCGCCGACACGGACCAAGGGCGAGCACCCGACCAUUCCGGGCCUGUAUCACAUGGCGCUCAAGCGGAGCGUAGGCAAGGGCAAGUGGCGCACCGUCGUCACCGGCUGGUUCGGCCCGGCAGAGAUCGAGUCCAUCGCCGUCGCCCUCUCCCGGGCAGAGAUCUCCCUCGCCGACAUCGACACUGUCUGGCUCGCUUCCACCUCGUCGCCUGCUGCUGCUCCCUCGCCGCCCGCUUCAUCAGCCGCCGCAUUGUGUCCGCAGCCGCUGGCAGUGAUCGGUCCGGCUGGUCCGCCUCCACAGGCGGGGAGCUGGGCGCUUGUUCCGCCGGACACUACCGUUGUGUUCAACGGGUACCACAUGUUUAGCAAUCCUAUCCAUGCGGUUGUCGAUCGUGAGCGUGGCUUCCGCGCCCUCGACCCAGUCCCAGUCCUCUACUGGUACAUCAAGGCUGGGAACGUUCCCAUCGCCGACGGCUGGUUCGGCCCUGAUGAGCUGCUUCCGCGCGUGGCCGCCGCUUGCCAGGACGACAACGUCCACAGUAACGCCUUUGCUGCGCCCUUCAACGAACCGCUUCCCCUCGAGGAUCCGCGCCACGUCGAUGUCCGCAAGCGGCGGACGGAUCAAGUCCGCAUCCUGCCCGAGGCUUCCCGCGCGCCCGUUCCAGACUCGGUCGACUUUUCCCUCGACAACUACUGGCUCUACGGCCUGCCGCUGACUACCAGUCUCACCGUGGCCUCGGGCAUGCAUCCUGUUGUUCGCGAGGCAGCUUACGUGCAUGUUGUGUUGUCGCAGAUGGGCGGCCGCGCGCUGUGGUGUGGCUGGGCUACUCCGCAUGAGACCCGCUACGUGGCAUACUGCCUUGUACGCGACGCGGCUAUCGCGUACGCUGUUGAUGCCGGCUCGGCGCUCCACUCGCAGCUCGACGCUCAACUCAAGCUCCUCCCUGAUCCAGCCUCCCUUUCUUCGCUUGAUCUAGACGUACCAGGCGAUAUGUCGCUCAAGCUCACCCUCGAUGCGAAUGCAGGCGUCCGCCCUCGCCCGAACCGUCCGCCGCAGUACCGAUUCAAGGUGUAUGAUGCGAAUUGGAAUCUGCUCGACAAGCCGCGGUGGGCCUCGGUCGACUCGCUUGCCUCUGUCAUCGCCACCGCCAAGAACCGGCUCAAGCGGCUCCGCGCUGCCGCUGGCUCUCCGUCUCGUCCUGCCAAGCGCAUCAAGUCGUCGCGUCCUUGACAACGAGAGCAGGCAGUUGUUUCCUUUAAACGAAUUUCAUCGCGG